AUGGGCAGCCCCUGGAACCGCAGCGACGGCGCGGAGGGCGCACCGCUGCCCUGUGACGAGCGCCUCUGCUCGCCCUUUCCCCUGGGGGCGCUGGUGCCGGUGACCGCCGUGUGCCUCGGUCUGUUCGCCGUCGGGGUGAGCGGCAACGUGGUGACGGUGCUGCUGAUCGGGCGCUACCGGGACAUGCGGACCACCACCAACCUGUACCUGGGCAGCAUGGCCGUGUCCGACCUGCUCAUCCUGCUCGGGCUCCCCUUCGACCUGUACCGCCUCUGGCGCUCGCGGCCCUGGGUGUUCGGGCAGCUGCUCUGCCGCCUCUCGCUCUACGUGGGCGAAGGCUGCACCUACGCCACGCUGCUGCACAUGACGGCGCUCAGCGUCGAGCGCUACCUCGCCAUCUGCCGCCCGCUCCGCGCCCGCGUCCUAGUCACCCGGCGCCGCGUCCGCGCACUCAUCGCGGCGCUCUGGGCAGUGGCGCUGCUCUCCGCAGGGCCCUUCUUCUUUCUGGUGGGCGUCGAGCAGGACCCCGGCAUCGACGCGGUCCCGGACCUUAACGGCAGCGCGCCGCUCACCCCCUCGCCCCGCACCUGGCCGCCGCCGUCGCCCCUCGGGGCCUCGCUGGCGCCACCGCUGUCCCCGCCGUCGGGGCCCGAGGCCGCGGAGGUCGCGGCCGCCGCGGCGCUGUUCAGUCGUGAGUGCCGGCCGAGCCCGUCUCAGAUGGGCGCGCUGCGCGUCAUGCUGUGGGUCACCACCGCCUACUUCUUCCUGCCCUUUCUGUGCCUCAGCGUCCUCUACGGGCUCAUCGGGCGGGAGCUGUGGAGGAGCCGGGGCCCGCUGCGAGGCCCAGCCGCCUCCGGGCGCGAGAAGGGCCACCGGCAGACGGUCCGCGUCCUGCUGGUGGUGGUUCUGGCAUUUGUAGUUUGCUGGUUGCCUUUUCACGUGGGCAGGAUCAUUUACAUAAAUACAGAAGAUUCUCGGAUGAUGAACUUCUCUCAGUACUUUAACAUUGUUGCUUUGCAACUUUUCUAUCUGAGUGCAUCCAUCAACCCGAUCCUCUACAACCUCAUUUCCAAGAAGUACAGAGCAGCGGCCUGGAACCUGCUGCUGGCCAGACAGUCCAGACAGAGAAGUUUCUGCAGAAGCAGGGACAUGGAGGGGGACACAGGAGGAGAUACUGCUGGCUACACGGAGCCGAGCACCAAAGUACAGACGUCAUCAACCAGCAUGGCCAAGCAAGUGGCUUCCUCCCCCAACGUGGGGACUUCAGGGAAAACAGGUCUGUAGGGAAAGAAGGACUGCAAGUGGGGAACUGAUGCCAUUAGGAAGAAUUGGGAAGAGUGGUCGGCAUUUUGCAAAUUGAUGGACAACUUGGUCAGCAUGAUUUUUUUUUUUGAAAAAAAAACAAGGUACACAAUUUAACCACCUCCCUCAUAGCCCUCAAGGACGUUGAUUUCAGCCUCGGGAAAUCCCACAACACAAAAUGUGCUCUGGGGAGGUUUUCUAAGUUUUCGUUCUCCUAGACUUUGGAAAUAUGAUUGCUCCUUUUCUGGUUAAUGAGUCAGAGAGAGAUGCUGCCAUGAGAAUUGUCACCUCUGAGAUCAGGGGUGUAUUUGUAUUUUCAUGUUCUGGAUAUACAUGUAAUGGUGCAUAUACAAGGAGCCCAGGAUAAUUAGAGCUUUUAUUCAAGAAAUUAUUUAAUGCCUACAUAAGGUAGCAGAAUUUUUUGGAAGCAAGUGAAAGGAAUUGUGGGUAAAGGCCAAUGUUCAGGGGUCCCACCUCACUCCUGGCUGAAAACAAAUCAUAGAGUUGAGGGACAAUACCGUCUUUCAGAACUGCUGUUUAUCAGCAAGUGUGUUGCAGCCCACUUGUCCCUGAGACUGCCCCCUGGCUUGCCCAGUGCCAUGGCUUCGAGGCAGCGCCCCGGGCACCGAAGCCUGAGGGCAGGGAGCAACUGCAGGGCUUGG